AUGUCGGCUACUCGCAGACCGUAUUUCAUCAUUGUUGGCUUGCCAGCCGAUGACAAGUCUAUGCAGGACUUGGAUGUCGAGCAGUUGUUCCACAUGAAGCCAGAAGAAGUUCUGAUUUUGGCUUCCCUAAGCCUCGGCUACAGGCCAAUUCUCAAUAAGCUCGACCAGGCGGAACAUGUUGAUGGGAUCAUCUUCGGCUAUGGAAUACGUUCCCACCCAUCCCCGAGCAUCGCCAUAUUCCUGGAGGAGAUGAUUCAGAAGGUGAGGUAUCAUCCGAAGAUCGUCAAGAUCCUUUUCAACUGGAGCAUCCCAUCCAGCCUGGAUGCCUGCCAAGGAGCCAUGAAACUGAAGUCAGAGACGGAUAAGGAGGCUGUCGGGUCGGCGGAAAGUCGUAAUGGACGAAAGGAAAAAUUGUUGAUCGGCUCUGAGCGACUCUGA